CUUCCUCCGCGGCCUCGGGCCGGGUUGCAACUGCGGCUGCAGGCCAUGGUGGCUCUGGACAACCCUGACGGCGGCCUGGAGGCGACCCCCGGCGCGGAGACCAGGCUGCCCCUUCCUGGCUGCCUGCCCACGCUCGGUGGCUCACAAGUGAAGAGGGUCUCAGCCUCCAGACGCAAGCAACAUUUUAUCAACCAGGCUGUGCGAAAUUCGGACCUGGUUCCCAAAGCCAAGGGACGGAAGAGCCUGCAGCGUUUGGAGAAUACCCGGUACCUCCUAACUCUGUUAGAAACAGCAGGGGGUUCUCCAGGCCCAGAAGAUGGGGACCUGACUCCUCCUGCGGCACCUGGAAUCUUUGCAGAGGCCUGCAGCAACGCCAUGUAUGUGGAGGUCUGGAAUGAUUUUAUGAACCGCUCGGGAGAGGAGCAAGAGCGAGUGCUCCGCUACCUGGAGGAUGAGGAUCAGGGCAAGCGGAGGCGCGGGCCUGGCCGCGGGGAGGAUCGGCGGAGAGAGGACCCGGCCUUCACACCUCAUGAGUGUUUCAGGCGCAUCAGCCGUCGCCUGAGGUCUGUGCUCAAGCGCAGCCGCAUCCCGAUGGAAACGCUGGAGAGUUGGGAGGAGCGGCUGCUGGGGUUCUUCUCCGUGUCUCCCCAGGCUGUGUACACCGCCAUGCUGGACAACAGCUUUGAGAGGCUCCUGCUUCAUGCCGUCUGCCAGUACCUGGACCUCAUCUCAGCCAGUGAGUGCCCGCUCGCAGGGAAGAGGAGCCAAGGUGCUGACCUGGAAGGCCGGCGGCAGAUGAGGGUCAGCAACCGUCACCUGGACUUCCUGCCUCCGGAACUACUGCUGUCUGCCUACCUGGACCAGCAGUGAUGGUGGAGCCGCCUGCCAACCAGCCGGCCGGCCCAGACCUCCAACAUCUGCUAAUUUCUUGCAUACUUUCAGAAUGAGAACACCCUGCUUCCCUCCGGGGGCCCCUUGCCCUGCCCCUUCAUGGCCCAGCUCGCACAGGGCGGCCCCUUGGCCCCUGCUCAGGCAGGGAAACCUGAGCCUACCCUUUUCCACUUUUUCUUUGGUGCAGUCUGAAACUCAGGCGAGUUUUUAUUAACUAGACUCUCUUUUAUUUUCCCCCAAUCAGUUUUAAUGAAUUUGGCAUGUUUGGAAUAGAUUUGUUUUAAUUUCUCUUUUGAAGUGGGAGGUGUAAUUAAAAAACACCCAGCGCCAGCCAGCGGUGGGUUCGGUUGUGACCCCUCCUGACCCCCCCUCCUGCCCCCAUUUCAGCUCUGAUGGGGGUGUCUGCUGAUCUCCCCAGGGCACUUUGAGUGAGUGUGUGUGUGUGUACAUGCUUCUUUGUCUCAAGGGCUGAGUUUAUGCUUUGUUUUUGGUGAUGUGUGUAUCAUGUCCCUGACUCCCUGGGCUCUGCUUGUCCUUCAAAGCCUCCUCGUGUCUCUCCUUAUGCCAGGGGUCCAGGACUUCCAGCCAGAAGCCUCUGACCUUGUGUUCCCUGUCCCCUCCCAUCCCCUCUGCUGUCCAGCAUAGCUGUGGUCGCUGCAGAGGCCUUACACGCUCCGCAGGCCUGUCCUCUCUUCCCCUUUCCUGUGGUUCUUUGUGCUUGGGAGAAAGGGAAACUUUGAAUAAAGCCUCGGUACUCCCGCC